CGAAUCUCAUCAAAUAUUCUCGUCGUCGUAUUAUCAUUCUCGUAUAAUGGCCCCCUCUGAAUACUACACAUCAGAAACAGACAAUUCCUGGUUCCAGCUGAACUUUUACUUGAUUGAUGUUCUAAAUGGUGACUUUGCACCAGAGGACAGAUCAGCUCUGGUCUUGCUCGGAAUUCGUGCUUUCGACCGCGCAACACAUCGUCUCGGGAAACCUUCCAAACUGAAAUUUGAAAUUUCUUUCACCUGCGAGCAGACACAGGGGACGGAUGGGGAGCAAAAUGAAUUUAAGAUUUUGGAAAGGGGGUUAUUUUCCCUUGACAUGCUGUCACAUACGUAUCGACCAAUUCCAACCGCCGAUCCAACUUAUACCACUCUGAAGAUCAGCGAUAUUCCAGAGUCUCCAUCGCGAGUCUCUCUGGUAGUGGACGAAUUUCCCGUCCAGGGAGAAAUUUUGCUCCGUAUUGCAGUAUCGAUUCAACAACGCCCUGAAGAUGAUAUCGCAGAUAAAUUGGGUUUUUACCCAGCAAGCUUCUCGUACUCGAUUGAAGACCUUAGUUCAGACGUGCUUCCAGCUAGCAUAGAGUUUGGGGGAAGCGUCGGAUGGACUAUUCCGGAGUUCACCCCUGGGGCUGAACUUAGGGGGGCUGCACUCAGGUGGGCCGCAGCCCAUGGAUGGGUCGAGUACUUGAAUCUAUACUUGAAAAGGGGAGGCACAGCUUUUGACCUGGAAGACAAUGAUGGAAGAACGCCACUCUCAUUGGCAGCAGCAAAUGGUUGCGAUAAGGUUGUGGAAUGGCUAUUGGAAAAGGGAGAAGACGCUUCCACACACAAGGUGGAUCACAUGGGUCGAUCAGCGCUAUCAUGGUCGGUAGGCAACGGUCAAGUGGAGACUAUGAAGGUUCUAUUAGCCAAAGGGAAAGAACAUCUCAGCCAAGGAGAUAAUGAUGGACGGACGCCCUUAUCUUGGGCAGCUGAGAAUGGACAUGAUAAGAUAGUGGAACUGUUGUUAAAUGGGGACUACAAGGUUGAUGCAGAUCAGGCGGACAAGAACGAUCGGACGCCGCUAUUUUGGGCAGCAAAAUCUGGGCGCCACAGGGCUGUUCUUUCCUUAUUGAGGUUUGGCAACCGCUUUGCAUCCGGUCAUUCCGAAGCCAGACAGCAACCCGUGGAUUUUGAUCAUAUGGAUAAUGAGGGUCGAACUCCACUUUCUUGGGCUGCCCAGAAUGAGCAUGGUGAGGUGAUUCGCAUCCUCACAAAAGAAGGAUUGCAAAGACACCCAGAACUCAAUACUGGAACUCCCGAAUCGCCAUCUUGGGCCACGAGCUAUCUCCACGAAGCUGCAAAAGUAGGGUCGAUACAGCUGACGAAGCUGUUGAUUGAGGGAAAAAUCAAGGUCGACAACCUAUUGAGCGGUGAAUCGACCUCCAAAUCGACCUCCAAUAACACUCGAACACCUCUGUGCACUGCAGCAGAGAAUGGACAUGUCCAAAUUGUUGAGUUACUAGUAAAUAAUCAGGCAGAUCGAAACUUUCGGACUCCGGAGGAAGGCGUCACACCCAUUCUUUUUGCCGUCCGAAAAAAUAGGGAAAGGGUGGUAGAGAUCUUGGCACAAGCAGGUUGCGAUAUUUCUUUGAAAAGUAACAACAACGAGUCACCAAAAGAUGUGGCUAUCAAGAUGAAUUAUGGCAGUAUUCUCAAGAUUUUGGCCAAGCGAGAUGAAGAUGGACCACUUGCGGAGACGUGGGAAGCGCUGAAUCAUGACAUAGACAAAGUUAUCAACGCGACAAUCGUGGAUUUCUUCACCGAGUCAGACAUCCAACCUUAUGUUAGGGAAAGAUCAGUCAAUGCACUCCUCGAAAAUCCCCGACUUCCACACGAAAAGAACAAUGCCAGCCCUUCUUAUAGAUGGAUACAUUUGCCAGCUAAUAAUAUGAAAUGGGUUGAGAUUCUCAUAUCGAAACUUUAUGAGAACCCAACAUUGGCUUAUCAUAUACUAAGCUCCGAACGGUGGGUUCGUCGACAACAUCGCGGUGCUUCUGGCGUCGAUCAUGCGAGAUUUAUGCGACCACUUUGUCAAUCCUUUAGCAGCGUUUCUGGCUCUCGUACUGUUUCGCGUACUAGAAAUAUUCCGCAACCAGAUCGGACAGACCUAGGGAUGAACUUCAUGCUAUUCAUGCCGUACCUACACUGGGACUUAGAGGAGCAACAAAAAAAGAGAAGAGCCACCAUCGAAGAACUGCGAAACAGAAAAAGACCUGUGAACACCCAAAAUUCACCAAAUGCUGUGGCACAGGAUGGCGAUGACGACAGGCACCAAAAGCUUUUACGCGCAUAUCUGCGCGACAAAAACGAUUUACCACACCAACUGCAUGUCCGACGGACAUUGGAUCAAUACUACUACCACGCGAUGGAGGAUACUGCAGUACGAGAUGGGGACCAAGUCAUUUCUCGGUAUCAAGCAAAAAAGGGGAUAGAGCCAAAGGUUCUAACGAUGGUCGACCAAUUAUGGCUAUGGGUGCUCGAUGGAACUGAUGGACGACUCAAAACCGUUGUCACCUGUUUUCCCUCUAGAAUGCUGCCUCCCGAGAUGGUCGGUAGCGAUUCUACCAAGGAUCCAGACCCCAAGGAGUUUACUGAUGUCCUGGGGCACAUAAAAUCGCACUUCCUAGCGGAACCGCUUUCUGUCAAGACCGCAUACGAUCUGGCUAGUGUCAUCACAAGUAAGUGUUCCAGGGCUUAUCUGGACAAUGGGUCUAUGGAAGAGAAUUUGCGUUUCUCAGAAGUUUAUGAGACUGCAAUUAGCGAUUUGAUGAGCAAAGGAAUGUUACUUUUCGAUAAAUUCACGACCUUGACGAAAGCGCUAGAUAAUGUCGAGUACACUUCGGAGAUUAUCAAAACAGUCACAGAUCCUUCUGUGGAUGCAGAUUCCGUCAUCGAACUAUGUGAAAAGUAUCACGAUAAUUCGUUCCGUGAAUCUGAUCUCGAUGUUCUUAAAUUACUCAAUGCACUUCAAGGCACAGAGAAGAAGAAAAGAGCUUUGGACUUAUUGAAGAAAAUAGGGCGAAUUCAGAUCUUGGAUAUCACAGAAGAAAUUGAAAAACUUCGCGAAGUUAAAGACAUCCAGGACGAAUUAAGUAUCAUGUCGAUGUUGUAUGAGGACCAAAAAAAGGUCCUCGUCACCAUGGACAGCAUUAUUAGGUCAAAUUUGGCAAUGUACUCGCGCUCACAAGUAGCAUUACAGGAAAGAGAAAAUCUAGAGGUGGAAAGGCCAGGUGAAAAGACGCUGACAAAUGCACUGAGAAUGGAAGUAGUGGAUGACGGGGAGUAUCGUGCGACACAGGCUGGUGAGGGGUCACCACAGCCAGAAAAGAUUAACCUCAAGUCAAAAGACAGGCCAGUUGAAGUAACGCAAGAUCAUGAUCACAAGAAAAUUUUCAGAGAGUUAAAAGCUGGCUCAGACGAAAGCAACAAAUCAAAGAGAUUUUCCAAGAACCAGCUCACAGACUCAAUGUUUGAGACAGGGGUUCCUUCUAAACAACCCAGUUUAGCUCUUGCGGCGGUUCAAGUAAGCAUCGACGAGAUCGACAGGAUGUCGCAACGUGCUAGGCAAGCCAAUCAAGCACUUGAUUUCCUCGUGGAUUUGAAGCAGAAGCAAUCCAACGUGCUGGAUGCUCGGUCAGCCAGGAUCCAAGCAGAAGAAUCGCUCAAGAUGACGAAAGAAAAUGAGCGACAGGGGAAAACACUCAUGGUAUUCACCGUUGUGACAAUUAUCUUUUUGCCUUUAUCGUUCUUGGCUGCAUUUUUUGCUAUCAAUAUUACUCAAUUUCAUCGUGAUGCCGCUGGAACUCUGGGUCUCGGAUACGUGUCUGAAAUCAUGUUUCCUAUCUCGGGCACGAUCACAGCAGUACUGAUUUACGUCGCUUUCAAGGUGGAGGACCUCCUGGGUGGAUGGAGAUGGACGAACAUGCAGCUUCAAGCAGCCCUUAAGAAUUCAGGGACUGGGCUAAAGAAACUUCCAUUAACAGAUGUGGAGGAGGGACCCACUCCUACAAAUUUGAGGAAAUCUUAACCUUGGAGGCGUGAGAUGGUACUUAAAUGGCUAGUCACGGGCCAGACAUUCCCUCCAAAAGCUCUGGAAAAACGCCAAAUCGGGGCGGUCGGCCGAGAAAACAUACUACUCUUAAAGAGGCAAACGAGUAUAAAGUUGCAAAGCAGAAGCAGAAGCGGCUUUAGUAGUAGUAACUACGAGACUCGAAAGCACUUUAAUUCAUCUCAUACUAUUCUCUAUUAAUAGAGCCAAGUAAUAGUCGGUCUACCUCAACUAUAAAAGAUUAAUAAG